AUGUUUUUGGUUGAAUAUCACAGUGAUUGCGCUGGUUUGGAAGAGCAGUGGAGGGGUUUGUUGUUCGUAGCAGAACAGAGGGAGAGUAGAGUUAGGAAUGAAGAGGCUUGCAGUUUAUUUUUUUUACAGUUCAAGCUAUUCAAUAACAACAAUGAAAUAGAAUGCAGGGAGUAUGAGUAUGAAUGUGAUGAAGGGCUUAGAGGUGCUGAAAGAAAUCCCAGACCCCAGUUGCUUCACUUGACAGGGUUGAUUUGGACCUCAAAGAUAGGGACAAAGCAAGAUUUCAGAGCAGCAAAUAGCAGUAGUUUGGACUUGUGUGGACAGCAAUAA